GAGCUUUUUGCCACGCGACGACUCAUUCGCAUUGGAGGCACCGCAUCAGUCGGUUAGGGUCGGAGCUUUCGUACCAUCGUCAGUUGGGCACUGUGUCUCGUGGUUGACGCACACAAAGAAAGCAGCUUUCGUAGAGGGAUUUUCCGGCGUAAAGGAGCGGAAAGUGAAAAAGCAAAGUAUUGUAAACUAAAUAUUUAAUUUUCAAGAAGAAAAAUAGAGGAGAGAGGCCGUUGCCUAAAUGUGAUACUAAACUCAACGCUAAUUCAACAAUCUCUCACCUGAAAUUCCUUUUUCCGCGUGUUUUUCCGGGGGUUGAGCUUUUGAGACCAAAUAAACAAUACCCUCGUUCUGUAGGUAGGAAUACCAAGAAUUAAUUGGUACGGAAUGACUUCACGUGCUCAGGCGAAUGAUUAAAUUGUGACACAAAUAAACUUCCAUAUUGGUGAGUCUUCUGACUUAAAUUCUCGUGAGCACUGUGGCGGAAAGUCGAUGAGGAUUGCGCCAGAUGACAAAUAGAAUCUCAUAAAUUUUGUGUGUUUGGUUUUGUGUGCUGUGACGCCAAAAGGGCGCCAAAAGAUACGUGAAAUUGGAUUUUCUUCCACCCGCACUAAUUGUCUACCGUCAUUCCACCAUAAAUUGAUUUUCAUCGGUUCAUGCCGAAUAUCCCUUUCAUACUAUUGUGGCUGAAAAAAAAUUAAAUUUUCAUCACUUCUACCAUGAAAUUCACGUGAAAUUUGACUCUUGUUGAGUGCCAAUUAUUUGGGGUCGUUCUCCCACACAGUGCUAUACGUGAGUGAAUGCAGAAAAAAGCAUCAGUGGUGCACUUUGAGAGGCAGCAUGGGAGUCAAUUCUUCCUCAAGGGGCGACACCAGUCUCCUAUCAGAUGAGGAUGUGAAUUUCGACCACUUCCAGAUACUGAGAGCUAUUGGCAAAGGCAGCUUCGGCAAGGUCUGUAUUGUCCAGAAACGCGACACAGGACGAUUGUUCGCCAUGAAGUACGUGAGCAGAGGUGCCUGCACGGGUCGUGGUGCUCUGGGUGGUGUCCUGAAAGAAGUUGAAUUACUCUCAACACUGGAGCAUCCCUUCCUCGUCAAUUUGUGGUUCUCCUUUCAAGACGAAGAGGAUUUGUUUAUGGUGUGUGACUUGCUGGCAGGCGGUGAUCUUCGAUACCAUCUCCAGCAGCAGGUGGAUUUCUCUGAAAGAAGUGUUGCCUUACUUGUUUGUGAACUGGGCUCCGCUCUUGACUAUCUUCAAUCCCAGCGUGUUCUUCACAGAGAUAUUAAGCCGGACAAUAUUCUGCUGGAUGAAGAAGGUCACGCACAUAUAACGGAUUUUAAUAUAGCAACGCGAUUGCUUCCUGAUGGAUUGGCGUGCAGUAUGUCAGGAACAAAGCCCUACAUGGCGCCUGAGGUUUUUAUGUGUGCUCUCGAAGAGAUUGCUGGCUACACUUACCCCGUGGACUGGUGGUCGCUUGGUGUUGUGGCUUUCGAGAUGCGAGCUGGUUCUCGGCCAUUCGUUGUUCAUUCCAAUACACCAUUGGAUGAUGUAAAAAAUUUAUUAAUUACCCCUCUACAGUACCCGCGGUACUGGAGUGAAAACUUUGUGGAUUUAAUCAACAGGUUGCUGGAACCUGACCCAGGUGGUCGAAUAAGUUCCCUGCGUGAGCUGAAAAGAACCCAAAUAUUCCGACAUACGGACUUUGAGGCGAUACAGCAGAAGAAAACUAUUCCACCAUUUAAACCACCAAAAGACCAUUUGAACUGUGAUCCUAGCCUAGAGCUGGAAGAGAUGAUCGUAGAGACGAAGCCACUGCACAAAAAGAAGAAGCGUCUAGCGAAGCAGAGAUCAAUUCAGAAGGAAAAUGACGUUGAGAGUACCCUUAUAAAGGAGUUCAUUGUCUACAAUCGGUACAAGGAGAUGAAGAGAAAAGCCAUGGAGAUGAAGGAGAACGAAUGGCAGCAAGAGCUGGAGACAGCAAUGGCUAAUUCGGAGGUAGCACACCUGAAGCCCAUCGAGGAGGCGUCAAAUGAGCCAAGCGCAUCCGGCACCUCCGAACCCCUUGACUAUAUCGAUCGUACCCCAUCCCCAAAAUCGAGUGUAUGAGAAUGGGGCUGGACCCUGCCGCACCUGCCACUCUGCUGUGACACUUACCGGCGGCACAUACAGAGUGCAAAUUGAGAAAGUUUCAUGGCAGGUGCACCCCUUUCAGAGAUAUGAGGGAGAGAGUAUAUGCGGCACCAAAUAUCAAAAGUUAAGAGACUUCUUUCGCCAUCAUCAUAAUGUCAAUUUUCCCCGCGUUGUAGCAAUUCUCGCAAAACUUCCUGGGCAUCUUAAUCAAAUAUGAGAAGAGUUCAGUAAUAUAGCAGCAUAUUUACGUAGACAUGGUUAGAUUGGCUGAAACCCGGAGAAAGUUAUAAAUGUGGUUUGUGGAAAUUUCUGCUAAGUUUCACAGGAUAGCCAUUGGUUGGAGAAGCGCAAUGAGAUGGAGGGAAAUUUCAUUCCAUCUACCAUGGUUUUAAGCAAAAAGCCUCAGGGUUAAUUGUUUUUAAAGUUCAAUUUCACUAUAACGUCAUUGCCCAAAUCGAAAAAUACAAUCUAACUAAAAUUUAGAGUGUUCUUGCAAAGGAAAAUCCAUGUAGUGCUUAGUUUUUUAUGAUAAUUCUUUACUUCUUUUAUUACUCUGGAAAGAAAGUGAAAGGAAAGACUUUUUACCUUUUGACGAAUUUUGUUCAACAAAGAAAGUAAAAUUCAAAACAAACAACACGGAAUUCUUGGAAAAUUUUAUUGAAUUUUCCACUUGGAAUCCUCUAUUUUCUUUUCAAUAUGCUUCUAUGUACACGAAAGAAGAGACUGAUUUUCCUUUAAAUUGCCAUACAAUUUCUAUUGUCUUGUUAUAUAAAAAAGAAAAAAAAAAGAUAUCAUUGUCUUGUCAUCAGAUACAGAUGAUAUAAAAACCUUUGAAAUUUAUCAUGAAUUUCCACAUUUUCACCGUUUGAUGAUGUCAAAUAUGUAGCAUAUUUUGAUGAAAUAGGAAGUACAGAUCCUCUGGAAAAUUUUCUAAUUUGAAAAAUGAAUAUUUAUAGGAGAAUAAGACAAUUCCGAUAAUUUAUCACUGAUAAAAACACUUCAUUUUUCCUUUAAAUCAUACAAGUGGAAAAUUAUUUCCUUUCUCUUUUCCACGUUCAUCAAAAGAAAUCCCAAUGUGAUAUUGGAAGAAUUUCCUUAUUUUUUCGAUGAGUGUGUGUGCUCAAAAAUUGAGACUUCCACCCCUCAUGUGAGAAUCAGUAAUGCACAAAUUUCCAAGUCACUGACCCCGGAGAAAUUGUACUCAAUUGUGAUGUGGAUUUGAAUAUCCAGAGUACUCAAUGGUAUAAGAAUAUGGUAAGUAUGUGGGGUAGGGGGGAGGGAGAAUCCCCCGGAGAGAUUCAAUAUAAUGAUAUAAAAUGACUUGAUAUUCCUCCCAAGAGAGGUGGAGUGUAGAAGCUCGGUGAUGAAGAUGGGCCACAGAGAUUCCCUUUAUUGUGUAGCAUUUUCCUAUAUAUCGCGUCUUAUGGCAUCAACGCAAGUAAUUUAUUCGUGAUUUCUGGCGAAUAAUCAGAGUAUCAUCAUCAGACUUCUUCCUUUCUCCGGGAACCACCAUCACCUUGAUUCUGCACAAAAUAUCCAUGAGAAUGGGUGUCUUUGUGCCAUUUAGAGGAAAUGGAGGAGAGAAAAGUAUAUAAUUUUGUCCCGAAGACGAUGACGUGUAAUCAAAGCUUAAGGAAAUAUUCCCACCCGCCCCUAUAUAUCCACUUUAUUCGAAUUAGACAAGAUGAUAGCGCGUCUCAACACACAAAGGGAAUUCUAAAUUUAAUUUAAAAGAUAGAAAUUCUAAUUCUUAAGCUCACCCCAAAUUCACUGAUAUAUCUAUAUAGUAAAAAAGAACGUACCCUGUAAAUCCUCUUAAUAUCCUCCAAAAUAUCCUUUAGUAUAAAUUGGGAAGGAGUUUGCUGAAAAAUUGAUUUUCUUCACUCGAACUUCGGAGCUUUUGAGACGAUGAAAAAAAGGAUGGACACUUCAUUGUUUCACUUUCACAUUGCCUUAAUGGAAAUGUUGAGGAGUUUUGUAAAUUCGCAACUUCAAUUUGUAACUUUACAAAAAAAAAACAUCCUUGCGGAAAUCUUUUCAAUUAUUUUAGCUUUCUUAUCAAUUAAGGAACAACCCCUUGAAAUUAUAACGGAAAUUCAAACCAUUUUCUUUGGUUAAACACGGAGAAUAAUAAAAUUCAAUAUCAUUUGAGGAAGUUUGAGGGAAACUUUAGAAAAGUUGCAAAAUUUUCCCCUUAACUGUGUAUUUACAAAAGUCCACGCAGUUUUAAAUGAGAAAGAAAACCGCAAGAAAAUCAUUUUAAUUAUCUGCCGGAAUAUGUUGAAUAAAUUAAGCGAUGCUGAUAAGAAACAUCCCCUGAUUUCAAACUCCGACCCUUCUCCGUGUCCAACAAAGUGAAAUAGGACAAAAAAUCAUUAAGGAAAUUUCGCUAAAUCCCAAAAUUAAUUCUUCCCACACCCAUCCGGUAAAACUCUUUGCCCCUUAAUUGACUUUCUCAUUCUACACAAACACAUUUUUUUCCAAUUUUUGUUGCACAGGACUGUGAUAUUAUUAGGCAAGAAAAAAAAAGAUAUAAACUUCAUUUUAGAGAGAAAUCAUCAUUAAAACACAAGAUUAAUUAAAUUUAAUUACAUUCUGAAUAAUGUCAACUUUUAUAGAUCACCUAGCGUUUAGUGAAUGACGAGGCAGAUUAUAUUAGAAGAGUAUUUAUUGCAAGGACGAGAGAGGUAAAAGUCGCACAUAAAAUUAGUCAUAAAAAUAUAUAUACAAGGAAAUGAAGAUAAAUAUUGGGAGCAAUUUUGGACAAAAUAAAAGACAAAAUAUUUUGAAAAUACAAAAUAUUUUGACAUUAAAUGUAAUUUUGCACAAAAUAUUUCUCUAAAACUUUUGUCAAUCUCUCCACAAAAGAAAUUUUUGCAAUUUUAGGUACAAUAAUAGGUGAAAUAUUUUGAAAAACUGAAAAAUUUUGACGUUUAAUGCAAUUUUAGACAAAAGACAAAAGAUUUUUUGUGUCAAUCUUUUGACAAUCUUGUGAGAACGUCUCCACAAAAGAUUUUUACAGGAGAAUUGUAAUUUUUCACAAAAUAAUUUAUACAUUACACAAGAAAUAUUUUGUGUUUUGCAAGCAUCUCGUCGAGGUGCUUUUAUAAAAUCAAAAUCUUUUGUCAAAUUGGUGUUUACGCGUUGCAUUUUUUAGAAGUUUUCUAUCAUGUUUCUCGAAAUACCAAUGGAUAAUAAUGCAAUUUCGGGUAAUUGUGAAGCUUUGUGCAAAGGGAAUUUGUGGAAUGAUAUGAAAUUCAGCCAAUUUAGCUGUGUCCAUUUUCCCUUUUAGCGGUGUUGGGCAAAAAUGUUAUGGAGAAUUUCUGUGUCUUUCUGGCAAAAAUUUGGGAGAUCGCUGACAAGUUCUAACCCUAUAUAAUCAGGAUUUUGGGUCAGAGAUCCCUUCCCUAUGUUCCCGAUGCGAGUUUUUAUGUGCAAAAACGAAAUAUGUAGGGCUAAUUAAUGCAAUAAAAUAUGAGUUAAUCAAUUCAUGUAAAAGAGAAUCAUAUCAGAGUGACUCAUUAACAUUUUCUUGGUGUAAUGAAAAUCGAACUGAUGAGCUAGAAGUCAGAUGGUUUUUUGAUCUUCCCAACAUCCUUAGGGUACCAAAUAGACUACACGCAUGCUUGACUUAAUUUCCCUAAAAAUUAAUUCAAUUCAGAUUGUUCAAUUGCCCCAAUCGUAAACAUAACCUAAUAGGAAUGUUAUCUUCUUCUUAUUUUUUUCAUCUGAAACUCUCCACUCGAAAGAAAAAACACGUCACAAAAGACGACAAAAUAUAUCAAAAGUCUCCCAAAAGAUAUUUUAUUCAAAAUUGCUCUUCAUAAAAUGUCUUUUGUAGACUUCACAAAAGACAAAAUAUAUUUUAUUUUGUCCAAAAUUGCUCCCAUUAUUACGCAUUUCCUUAUAUGAUGUGAAUGAAAGCGAUUAUAUACUCCAUAACACUUUUAACGAUUCUAAGAUUGGGAAGGGGAAGUGUUGUGCAAGACAUUAAAUAGGACCAAAACUGCAUUUCAGAAUUAUUCCACACAAUGGCUAGUUCAAAUAAAAAGAAGAUGAGAAUGAAAAUUUCUUCAAUUUAUAGUUGUAGAGGAGUGUGAGAAGGAGAGAUAAAAGGAAAAUAUAGAAAUUUCUGAGAGAU